AUGGAGUUAUUCACUUGGCUAUUUCUUUAUGUGACGCCGCUAACGAGUAGUGAUCGUUGCUUCUCUGACGGAAUCCCAGAAGGAGAGCGUGCGAACUUGGUGAGCCAGGGAUCGUCUUACCCCGUCGGAAAUUGGGUCAAUGGCUGGGAUGCCGGCUUUGCAGCGGGCGAAGUGGCUGAGAUCUUGCUCAAGGAGAAGCUGGGCUACAACGUGACCCAAAAGGUCGGGCCCAACACCGUGGAUGCCUUCUACGCGCUCGCCGGCUGCCGCACGCCCACGAACGUCACGGAUCGUGGCUGUGGGCCCGACAUGACCACGCGCGUGCACCUGUCGACUGAAGGAUGGACGGGAGGCUAUGCCACGGUCUGGGAUGAUGUCCAGACAGCCUACCCUGCUACGGCGCCCAGGAAUCUGGGGAACAUGGGCUACACAGGCACUGCAACGUCUUACAUCUCGUCGAGUCUACAGGAGUUUGCGUAUUCCAGCGAAGGUUACUCUUUGGACUUUUAUCGGGAUUACAGCGUGGCGUGGAGAGACCCCGCCAAGUUUUUCACAGUUCCCAACCAAGUGACGUCGAAGUUGCGCCCAUGUGACGAGACAAUUCUGGUGGAUUCGGUGCAGAUGAACAAUUAUUUGAAACAAACCGGAGAUCACGAUGGCGUGACAAUUCAAGGCAACGGCGAUGUCCACGCACGAUGCUUUGAUGGCCACUUUUGGCGUGCCCCAGUGUGCCGCUCCAAUUCUGCCUGCCUCUUGUACCUCACCGGGGGAGCUGGAUGGGGUGGAGAUGAACUGCUGCAGAAGGCGACCUUCUUCCACAUGCCCAUCGCAUGGGCGGCGGCGAAAGCAUGGAGUGACUUCACGUCCAUUCCCAGCGAACUCAAUGUCACAUUCUUCUGGUGGGUUCCAGACCCGACCUUUCUCAGGCUGGCGCCUGUGCCCAUUGUAUUCCCUCCACAUGAUCGGAAGGCUUGGAAAAGAGGCGACCGAAGGUCCUUGUCCAAAGGUAUUUCAAUUGACAAGUACAUCAGCAAGGACUUGGCAUCAUUGGCUCCGGAUAUUGAAGAGUUCAUGAAGGCCUACCUGCUGGACAUGGAAGACGUAAACAGCAUCAUGCUCAAGAAGAUGAACUCAGAUAUGAGCUACUUUGAUGCUGCCUGCGAGUGGCUGCAUGCUAACAAUGAGAUAUGGCAAGCUUGGCUUCCGGACAAAACGAAAUGCUUUGAACGCUUCGGCCUCUACAACGAGAAGGAAGAGAGGUACGUGGAGAGCCGUGCAGAUCCGACUCACUUGGCCUGCCACGCGUGCCCGCCGGGCUUCCAUUCCCAAAGCUUGGAGGACACGCACAUUUGCCUGCCAUGUUCUCCGGGAAGCUAUCAGGUGUCCGGUGCCUCGCUCGCGUGCGAUCCUUGCCCUCUGGGCGAGUACCAGGAUGAGACUGGCAGCAUUUCAUGCAAGCGUUGUGGCUUUGGCGAGUACCAGAAUGCCACGGGUCAAAGUAGCUGCAGUCCAUGCCCUGCCGGGACCACAACACUGGGGUUUCAUUCGCAGUCCAUCAACGAUUGUGGAUGCAAAGACGAGACCAUCAACGUUCUCUCGUCUUCCAGCAACUUCGAGUGCCAGCGAUGCGGGGAAGGACUCCGUUGUCCAUUUGGCUCCAGCAUUGAGAGCUUGACGCAAGGUGAGGCAGACCUGGGAGAUGAUUAUGUACCCGAAGUGCUUCAAGGUUAUGUGUCCCACCCCGAGGAUCCCUUGAAGAUCUUCGAAUGCCGACCAGCCAACCUUUGCUCCGGUGGAACACCAGGACAGUGUGCUGGAGGGCUCUCAGGCCUGCCCUGUGCUUCUUGCGAAGAGGGAAAGGCUUGGAGUGGCACCAAGUGCGAGGAGUGUGGAGCAAAUUGGGUCGGUUGGGCAGUCGGCACACCCGUAGCAGCUACGGGGCUCAUUGGUGCCUACUACUUCGUGAACACCGAGGUGAUGACCAAGGCUUCAGCCUUCCAGGCUUGCUUGAUGGCAGCGGGCAUUGCCGUGAACGCGUUUCAAAGCUUAGCGAUCUUUGGCAUGAUGACCGUGAAGUGGACGCCCAAAUUUGAAAGUGCCAGUUCCGGCCUCAGUGUCUUCGUUCUGGACGUUGAGAUCCUGGGCAUCACUUGCGUGACGGGGCCCAGCAACUUCCUCCGCUUCCUCGGCAGCUGUUUGUGA